CCUAAAGCCGGAUGGGAUUUAGCUGCAACCAAUAAAGCGAACAAAUGGAGUUUGAUGAAGUUGCAGUUUAUUUCUCAGAGGAGGAGUGGGGCCGUUUAACUGAAGAACAAAAAGAGCUCUAUAAGAAUGUGAUGAUGGAAAAUUACCAGACCCUCAGGUCUCUAGGAUAUGUUCAUGUAAAACCUUUGCUUGUUGACAAGAUUGAGUGUAGAGAGGAGCCAUAUGUGAGCAGUUUUCCAGUUACCAAAGGUGAAUUCACAAGCAGCAAUAAUCCUAGUCAUGUUCAGAGUGCUGAUACUUCUUUCAAUCUUCAAAAUCAAAGAAGCCACCUAACCCAAUGUUCUAAAAGUGGAAAAAAAUGUUUUACCAGGAAAUCACAUCUUUGUAUUCUGCAGAAAACUCAUUCAGGAGAAAAAGCAUUUUCAUGUUCUAUAUGUGGGAAAUGGUUUAAUCGGAAAUCAAAUCUUAUUAGUCAUCAGAAAAUUCAUACAGGAGAGAAAGCAUAUUUAUGUUCUAAAUGUGGGAAAUAUUUUAUCCGGAAAUCACAUCUUAUUUCUCAUCAGAAAAUCCAUACAGGAGAGAGAGAAUUUUCUUGUUCUGAAUGUGGGAAAUGUUUUACUCAGAAAUCUUCUCUUAUGAAACAUCAGAAAAUACAUACAGGAGAAAAAGCUUUUUCGUGUUCGGAGUGUGGUAAAUGUUUUAUUCAGAAAUCAAAUCUUAUUAGGCAUCAGAAAAUCCAUACAGGAGAGAAAGCAUUUUCGUGUUCUGAUUGUGGCAAAUGUUUUACCUUUAAACUAAAUCUUAUUAGACAUCACAAAAUUCAUACAGGUGAGAAUGCAUUUACAUGUUCUGAAUGUGGGAAAUGUUUUUCUAAAAAGUCAACUUUUAUUAGACAUCAAAAAAUUCAUACAGACAAGAAAGCAUUUUCAUGUUCAAAAUGUGGGAAAUGUUUUAUCCGGAAAUCGCAUCUUAUUACUCAUCAGAAAAUCCAUACAGGUGAGAAACCAUUUUCAUGUUCUGAAUGUGAGAAAUGUUUUACUCUGAAGGGACAUCUUAUUAGGCAUCUGAAAAUCCACACAGGUGAGAAAGCAUUUUCAUGUUCUGAAUGUGGCAAAUGUUUUGCUCAGAAUUUUUCUCUUAUUAGACAUCAGAAAAUUCAUAUUAAAGAGAAAAACUUAAUUUUCUGAAUGUGGGAAAUCAGCUCUUAAAGGUACAAUAAACACCUUGGUAUUGUUAUAUAAAAUGUUAAAUGAUGAAAUAGUAAUGAAAUAACUUUGCAACAUAUUCUCAUUAUUUAUUUUCACCCCAUUUCAUAUAAUUGAGCUCCGAAAAUUGAGCAACGUCUAGUACUCAAAACUUGAAAUGCACCCUGCAGAUAAUUGCAGACAAAGGAUGUUAAAGGGACAGCCUAGUCAAAAUGAAACUUCAUGAUUCAGAUAGGGCAUGCAAUUUUAAACAACUUUUCAAUUUACUUUUAUCAACACAUUUACUUUGUUCUCUUGGUAUUCUUUGUAAAACCUAGGUAGGCUCAUCUGCUAAUUUCUAAGCCCUUGAAGGCCACCUCUUAUCUUAGUGCAUUUUUAAUGUUUUUUACAGCUAGACAGCGCUAGUUCAUGUGUGCCAUAUAAAUAACAUUGUGCUCACUCUUGUGGUGUUACCUAGGAGUCAGCACUUGAUUGACUAAAAUGCAUAUAUGUCAAAAGAACUGAAAUAAGGAGGCAGUCUGCAGAGGCUUAGCUACAAGUUAAUUACUGAGGUAAAAAGUGUAUUAAUAUAACAGUGUUGGUUAUGCAAAACUGGGGAAUGGGUAAUAAAGGGAUUAUAUAUUUUUCAAAACAAUAAAAAUUCUGGCAUAGGCUGUCCCUUUAAUUUGUUUUAAAAAUGUUAAAGGGACAGUCAACACUAGAGAUAACAGUAUCCUAUAUUUAAAAAUAAAAAACGAAGAUCCGCCUGCACCAUACCCCCUUUGUCUUACCUACUUCCUUCACCUAGUAAUCAUCAACGAUACCUUCUAUAAUCUGAUGUUAAUAUAACAGCCUAACUCCCCCCACCGUUACGUAGCUACCUUCUUCUUGAAAGGAUCAGCCAAUCAGAAUCCAAUUGCAAACGCGUUCACGGACUUUAGCGCAUGCACGUUAGCAUUAGAACCAAAAAGCAGAACUUUAAACCGCAACUCUGUUCCUGACGGAUUCUAAAAUCAACAGUACUCUAUUGCGCAAUACAAGGUAAUUGCCAGCAGCGUAGAAACUUUUAAUUUUAUCCAUUCUCUGUUAUUUUUAUUAAAGUUCUUAUAGCUUGGAUUUUGCGCAAUAUUACUAUCGAUCAUUCCAUUAUCUAUCAGUCUUAGUAAAGAAGUAUUUUGCUUUGCGUGUAGGAUGUUGUCAUUUAUUUCUAGAAAUAAUAUUUAUUUAAUGCCUAUACCUCCAAGGGCUCAACAUGAUACAAUACAUUGCAAUAUUAUUAUAUAUGCUGCAAAAUCAAUCUUUUAACGUUCUUCCCAAAAGUAAAAAUAUUUUUUUAUUACAUGCAAUGUCAUUAUUACUAUUACCCACAUCUCUGUUCUUCAUUUCUUCUUUCUUUUUAAUCAAUUCACGUAUCAGGAUGUAUUUGAAAUUUAAUCAUUCUAUACAUACUAUAGUCUGUAAUUUCUGGCAACACCUAUAUAUAUAUAUAUAUAUAUAUAUAUAUAUAUACAGGAUACAAAAGACAGCACUCUCUGGUCUUGAAUGCGAAUUGCUGUAACAACUAGCCCUAUGGUACAGAAGUGUGGGGACAAUAAACGUGAAAUCCAUACUGCCGUAAUCAGGGUAUACUUAGCCCUGUGGGAAAUACAACAACCAGUCUUAUGGUUAUUAAUAGCAGGCGCAUUUUUAGAAGUACAGCGCUAAACUGUGGGCUACUGUGCCAACCGUGUGUGUGGAAAUACGCUAUGCGGCCAGCCGCUCAGGAUUAUACAGGGCGAGGUGGCAAGUCACAUACCUUAAACGUUGAUAACGUAAGUGUAUGGCAGGCAGUGCGUGGGGGUCAUGUCUCUGUGGGGUAGCUCCUAAACCACCUGAGGCAAGGGGUAUGGAUUACACGUUUAUUGUCCCCACACUUCUGUACCAUAGGGCUAGUUGUUACAGCAAUUCGCAGCCAAUGGAAUGUAACUUUAUGAACUUGUCAAAUUCAUUGCUUAUCCACAAUGAGAAUAGCUACUAAGCCUUGGUCGUGUACCAAAUAAAGAUGCUUUUCUUUCCGUGUGUGCUCUGUGUAUAGACAGCAAAUUUCAGAUAUAGGGAGUUAACUCUGCCAAUCUGCACCUUAUUCGCAACAAGAUUAGCUAUUAGGGAUUAUACUUGUACCAUAUAAGGAUGUAUAGUUACCAUGUCUGAUAUGCUCUAUGUAUGUUAUGAUGUUUUUUCACUUUGAGGGUUACACUGUGUUUCUAUGUUGCCACAUAUGUAUUUAAAUUAAGCAAUUAACUUACUACCAUUAUUAUGUUGCCUAGCAACUGAUUUUGGCGGUUUUUUAGCAGGGGGAGAGGUCUCUAGGUGCAUAAAUGUUUGACACUUUGUAUUGAUCAUUGGUCUGAGGAAGGGGAAGCUUUCCCCGAAGAAACUCAUCCCAAGGGGUUUUAGGAUAAACAGUGUACCCACCAUUGGAAGGCAGAACCCUGAGUUUUGUAAGAAAUGGUGUGCGGUACUAAACAAAUGCUCACUGGAUCUGAUACUCCUGGUAGUAGAAGAAGUGAGACUUUAAAAGGACAUACCCUGAUACAAGAUCAAACUGACAAUUGGACGGACAAGUUAACCACACAACUUUGUGAAUAUAACAAUGCCUUGGUGGCAUUCAAGAACAAGAAAUUGAGGUAUGUAAUGGAGGACUACAAAGAAAAGUAGGUGUAUAGAUGGAUCCUAUCACCUGAGGAACGUACAUAUUAUCAACCAAGGAGACGGCAGCGCCAGAGGGUAUACACUAACCACCAUCUCAAUACGGUGGAUACAAGCUCAGGAUCAGAAACAGAGGGCAACCCAAACCAACGACAGGGCAAUGAGAGCUACACUAGUGAACAGCCUUUUUUAGGAAUCACCACCUGCUCCAGGGGCAGAGGCGAUGACCACACACUAGAAGGAGCGGGGUAUGGAAGAAGACCCCCAUUCCGGCGCAGACGGAGGAUACUGUAACGGUGAACCUAAGCAAACACAUUCUGAGCGCACAAGAACAACAUGUGCUGAGCAAAGGCCUGUCCUUUGUCCCCACUACCACCACUAACAAAUUCCACACAUACAUCGAUUCUAUGUGGUUCCAAAGAUUAUUGAAACUAGGAGACUUUUCAAGGGAAGACACUGGAGGACACAGGACGACAGUUCAAAAAGGCCAGCACCUUUGAUCCACCAACAACGAAUCCCAGCAUCCGUACAUACACACGGAUUAUUCAACAAACACUGGGAGAUGAUACUAAGAUACAAUCAAGGAACAACAUGACACAGAAUGACUGGAAAGCAGUACAGAAUCUGACCAGAGACACUUCAAUAGUCAUUCGCCCAGCGGACAAGGGUGGUGCGAUUGUUCUGCUGGAUUACAAAGACUACCAUGAUGAAAUUAUGCAACAACUGUCAGGCAUCAGUACGUACAUGGUACUCACGGGGGACCCCACUAUUCCAUACAAGCGUAAGAUCGACGCAGUAAUCGAAAAAGCAGCUGACAAUAAGUUAAUAGACCCUAAUCUGCAGGAGUGGCUGACUACUCAGUAUCCAAUUAGAUCUAUCUUGUAUACCAUCCCCAAAAUACAAACAGAUUCAACUGCCCCUUGGACGCCCAAUUGUAUCAGCACGGGGCUCACUGCUACAACCGCUGGCUACCUAUGUGGAUGCACUACUUCAACCGUUGAUGCUAAACAUGAGAUCAUACCUAAGGGACUCCUCUGCUCUCAUUACAUCAUUGACAGUUACGGAUAUACAACCAGGUGACGUCCUAGCCAGCCUGGAUGUCGCCAGCUUAUACACAAUUAUCCCACACAGUAUGGGUACAGAAGUGGUAGCUAAAAGCUUGGAUAAAUAUCCUUACGUUGGACCACCAACAGCGUUCAUCAUUGAACUUCUGACCCUCUGCCUCACUUUAAAAUACUUUUAAGUUUGAAAAUAAGUUUUUCUUGCAACUCAUGGGUACAGCCACGGGUUUGAAUAUGGCACCAGACUUCGCCAACUUAUACAUGGAACAUGUAGAAACUGAGAUAUUCAAGGUCUAUGACAACAGUCGAGUGCUGUUUUACAAGAGGUAUAUAGAUGAUAUUAUGGUCAUCUGGCGCGGCACACUAGAGACAUUCCAUGAAUGGGUCCAGGAACUGAACAACAUAGGAGGACCGGUAUAACUAAAGGCAGUGGCCAGCUAGGAGGAGGUGGACUUCUUGGACCUCAGGAUAUUUAAAACAGAUACUGGACUAGGUACCACACUGUUUAAAAAGGUGACAGAUCGCAACAUGUUACUACAUGCAUCCAGUUAUCAUCCUAGGUCCCUAAUCAAAGCCAUCCCACGGGCACAAAUGAUGAGGGUCGCAAGGAAUAAUACAUCUGCACCCCGCAGGGAAGCCCAGCUGACAGAAAUAGAGCAACGGUUCAUCACAAGAGGCUUCAACAAGGCACUAAUCAGGGAUGCAAGAGCAGACUUGAGAACCAAGUACCAAUACAAGGGGAAUGGUCCUAAGAGAAUGAACUUUGUCACUUCUUGCACCCCAUCUACAAGAACACUGGGGACAUCCCUGAGAGGUAAAUGGGAUAUAGUGAAAUCUGACAAAACAUUGCCCUACACUGAUUAUGGACCACCACAGAUUGCUUACAAGAGGGGUAGAAACCUGAAAGACAUACUAAAGAAAACUGAUCCAGUGGCCUGUUACAGUAAGGUAAUGACCAGCACAAAGAAGGAGUCCUUUAAGUGCCCAAGUUGUGUCACCUGCAAUGCCAUGCUCCAGGGGUCCCAGUUUAGGCAUCCACAUACCAACGAAAGAUUUGCCAUCAAACACUACCUAACCUGCACAAUCAAGUAUGUUAUUUACAUGCUCAACUGCAACUGUGGCCUUUUUUAUACUGGCAAAACUAAUGAUGAUAUCAAAAAAUGUAUGGCGAACUACAGAAGAGCCAUACGCACCGCCAUUGAUAAAGUUUAAUUUAUACUAGACUGUCCCUUUUAACGUGCAUGAGCUCAAUGUUAUUUUUCUGAAACACAUGAACUAAUGACCUCUAUUGGUCAAAAUACAUUGAGAUUAGAUGCAGUCUGUAAUAUGUAAUAAAUUGGCAUAUGACGCGUAUAAUAUUAACUUUCAAUUAUUUAACUGUAUUUUUAUUGAAUUCACAGUUUCUAUAAAUCUUAUUGGAAUGUUAAUAUAAUAAAGAAUUAUUUCAGGGGUUUAUGUUCAUUGAAUAAUAUACAUAUAAUAGACUAAUCGUAUACAAUUAUAUUAUACACAGAAUGGCUUCAGGAGAAAAUAAUACUUGUUGGAAAAUUAAUGAUUUAGAUUCCCAAGAAAUAGAAAAGAUGGUGAGACAUUAUAUCAAGUUAAUUUUAUAUUAUUUUUGAUUGACUUUACAAUAUAUAUUUUUUUUAAUUUAAAAAAAAAUGAUGACCCUUUGUGUUUUAAUUUAUAAAAAUAAUUAUAAAUGCUUGUAUGGGUGUGUAUGUUCAUGUGUGUAUGUAUAAUUUCUUUUUUGUUUAUAUUUAUGUUUGUAUGUAUGUGAUUUUGUGUAUAAUUAAAAUUACAAACACAAAUACAUGAUAAUUUCUGUGCCAUAUUCCCAUGUGAAAAUAGAAUCUUGAAAGGUAGUAGUUGGAGAAACAGGAUGUUAGGACUGCAAGAUUGAGAAAGAUGUUACUGCAGAGUUAGAUGAGUGACAUGUUGUUAGGUAUUUGAAAUUAAUUUAUUAUUAUGUUCAAUGGUAGGGUUUGUUUCUGCGUAUUGAUUACAUAUUAUUUAUAUUUUACAAAUGCAGAUGUACAAUUGUACUACUUAAUAUUACAUUUAUGUUUUUAUUCUAAUUUUAAAAAUAUUAUUUAUUUGAUUUAUUAAUUGAUAUAUAUGUUAUUUUUAACCCAUGAACAAAAGAGAGAAUAAAUGAAUAUGAGGAGAGCACGAUUUGAAAAUGAUGUGGCUGAUAUGUCACACAUAACAGAUCCAAGGAGACCAAUUGUCCCAGAAAAUAAUGUAGAGGUUUCAAAUGCUACUGUUCAGAGAGAGGAAAUACAGUCACAAAAUGAUAGGGUGGGUAACACAGAUUGUGGAAGUGCGGAAAUUGUCAGCCUAUGCCAACUCAUGUUGAAAGUUUGUGUUGCCACGAAGUUCCAAGAAUUUUGGUUAAUCUUUCUGAGGAAUCUCUGUGCAUAGCUUUAGAACAGUAUGUGACUGUCAAUCUUUUAAACCGUGAUAUACUCAAAGAAUUAUAUGCUAACAGUGUUCGAUUUUUUAAUGGUGGCGGCAGAAGACAAAUAGAAAUGAGAGAAAGGUAUUUGUUUUUAUUUUAAUCUUACAUGGACAUUGAAUUUUUUUUAUGUCGAUUACAUUUUUUUUUAAACAAUCUUUCUGAUUUUUUUAAUAGUGACUAUCGUAGAGUUGCUUAUACGCGAUUUGUCAAUAUGGUACAUGGAUAUCUUGGACCAAGAGUUAGAACAGCUAUCCCUUCAUGUGUGGUUAAAACAAUAAGAGAAUAUUUUCCAGCACCGGACAAUCUGUAUAUAGGUUUUCGCUAUGCAGAUGAGGAGGGUCCAGCCUCAGAACUAAUUUGGGAGUGAAUAAACAGUGUACACAUGUUACUGUUUCAAAUUUGUUAUUAUAUUUUUAAUAUAUAUAUUUAUAUAUAUAUAUAUCAUUAAUUAAAUAUAGAGAUAUAUAUUUAUAUAGAUUUGAAAACAAGUUAUUUAUUUUGUUUAGCAAAGAAUGUUUUUCUAUAUUCAUACAUGUUAAAAAUAAACAUAUUGUUGUUGGUUA